AUGUCGGCGCACAAAAAGGAUCUGACGGACCCUCCGAUUCGAACGAUCAUAACCUUAAAAACCUCGAACCGUUUCAAAGGUGGGACUCGAAGCGCCAGUGAGAAUCAAGCAUUAAAAUCGCCCCAAAGCAAACCAUUGAACAUCGAGGGAGGGGUGAGACGGGAUUUGCAAAACUCGGAUGUGGGGCAACACGAACCGACACCAGCUCCUCUCCACUCGACGAACGUGUACAAAAUGUAUGCACAACCCCUGGAAAAAAUGUCUCUGAUCGGACACGUUCGCACGCAGUUAAUUGGAAACAUUUUUGUUACAGACGCUAGCUGGAAUGUUGGGACAUCGCCUUGUUAUCUCUGAAAGUGCCAGGUACAGAUAAAUU